CGUUGUCAUUUCACACUCUUUUCUUGCAGCACCUGCCAGCGUUCGUUACGUCCAUAAUGAUGUCGUGGUACCCGACUUCUCUGCCUAUCGUCGACAAGACGUGCUAGAUGCCACCACGUCUUCUCAAAGCAGCAGUGAAGCUAGAAAAGGGUUUUCCUACCUGCUGACUGCAACGACAUGCGUAGCAACUGCAUAUACUGCUAAGAAUGUUGUCACCCAGUUUAUUUCCAGCCUGAGCGCCUCUGCCGAUGUGCUAGCCUUGUCAAAGAUUGAGAUCAAGUUAUCUGACAUUCCAGAAGGCAAGAACAUGGCUUUCAAGUGGAGAGGGAAGCCCCUUUUUGUGCGUCACAGAACCCAGGCAGAGAUUAAGCAGGAAGCUGAAGUUGAUGUGUCUAAACUGAGGGAUCCGCAGCAUGACUUAGACAGAGUAAAGAAACCAGAAUGGGUCAUAUUAGUAGGUGUCUGCACUCACCUCGGCUGUGUACCCAUUGCUAACUCCGGAGAUUUUGGCGGUUAUUACUGCCCUUGCCACGGGUCCCAUUACGAUGCCUCUGGCAGAAUCAGGAAAGGCCCCGCUCCCCUUAACCUUGAGGUUCCAACUUACCAGUUUCUUAGUGAUGAUUUAGUGGUUGUUGGCUGAACAACGAGGUGCUUGCUCACUUUCAUGGUCCUCUGAAUGUACGCUCAAAAGGGUUAACUGAGAUUCAGAAAUACUGUAAAAGCAGGUGAUCGUAAAAACAUAUUAGCUCUCUAGAUCUCAACCAGAAGUAUGUUUGAAUACUUCCCUGUGUUCAAUUUUAAUAAAAACUUGGAGUGAGCACUUGU